AUGACUGCCCUCCUGGUUCGAGUUUUGGGCAGAGUCUGUGACCGUGAAGACUCACCGCAGUCUGUGGUCAGAGUUUUGAUUGUCGUUGUCGACACGGACUUUUUGAGUUUUAUUGAACCAGUUGCUUCUCUGUUGUCAGGAGAGAAAAAGGAGAAGCACAAAAGCCAGCGGCAGAGGACAGACCAGGAAGCUCCUCCACCAAAUGACUUCAGAGAGAUUCCUAUUUUCCCAGAUGUAGCUGAAAUCACCACGAACACCGAGGCCUACCUCCGAGCCAACGUGGUACAUGGAAAGUAUCGAGACCUCAACCAUUAUUUGGACGUCCAGUUUUGCCUUCUGAGACAAGACUUUCUGGAACCACUGCAACAAGGCAUCGUGGAGUACGUGUCCGUUGCCCAGGCCAAAUUGGAAGACAUUCGUAUUUACCACGAUGUACGGGUUCAAUUUCCUCUUUGCACCAAUGACGGCAUCACUCACCGUAUAAGCUUUGAUGUCACCAAGUUCAGAAAGGUCAGAUGGCAAGCCACCAACAGGCUGACUUUCGGUUCUUUGGUUUGCUUGUCAAAGGACGACUUUCAGUCUGUCAUAUUUGCAACUGUAGCCAACCAAAAGCCUGAGGAACUUGAACAAGGCUUAGUCGAUUUGCGGUUCCAAGACGUGACCAGUGUAUCGGAAAUAAACUCCACGGAUUCGUUCAUCAUGGCAGAAUCGUCCGCCUACUUCGAAGCCUACCGCCAUGUUUUGCAAGGCCUGCAAGAAGUCCGAGGCAACAGCCUUCCUCUGCAGCGUUACAUCACUGAAGUCUCCUGUGAUGUGAAGCCUCCUCAGUACAUUCGCCAUUGUAGGUUUUCUGCCUAUGAUCUGUCGCCACUCACGCACACAGCAGAAGAAGUUGACAGGGAUGACGAGAGCAACCGUCAUAGUGAGAAGAAUUCUCAGCUUCGAACUGUCAAGGCUGCCCUGACGCAAGAAUUAGCGGUCAUCCAAGGACCGCCUGGAACUAGUAAAACCUACAUAGGUCUCAAAAUCGGUAAGGCUCUCCUACACAACAGUAAUGUAUGGAAUGAAGAUGAAGAAUCUAACCCCAUCCUUGUGGUCUGUUACACCAACCAUGCCCUUGAUCAGUUCCUUGAGGGGAUCAUGAAGUUCAAUCAAAAUAUCGUCCGUGUUGGAGGUAGGAGUAACAGUGAGGAUAUGAAGAACAAAAACCUCAACUUCUUGAAGAGAGAACAGAGACGUAGAAGGGAUGUUCAGCGUACAGUUCAUAUCCGAACAAGCAACAUCUUGAGAGAAAUGUACUCUCUUCGUCAGUGCAUGGAGGUUUCUCAGCGAAAAGUAGAAAGAAGCAUGAACGGCAUCAUCAAUGAGGACUAUCUGCAGCCGUUCAUGUCAAAAGAGCAUUAUGCAACUCUCACAGUUGAGUUUGUGAAUACAGGUUUCCACAGGCCUACACCUUGCAUACUGGAGUCACAAGAGGUUGGCAUGGCAGCGUUUAUGGGGGAAGAAAACGAACCUGAGGAGCCAGAGGAAGAGGAGCAAGAGGAAGAAGAGAUUGAAGUUGCCGAAGAAGCAGAUGCCAUAGCUGAUCAGCGCGUCCUGGACGAUGACGAUGAAGACAUGUUCCUCUUCGAAGAGGACCCCCAGGAAAACCACCUUGUCCUUGAUAUCGAACAAUUGGCCGCGGCUCAGCCUCUAGAAGGCGGAUGGCAGAUGCAACCUCAUCAAAAGAAGCGAAUGGAGAUUGUUCAGGAUAAGUAUGAGAACCUGUCACAGGAACUAAAGGAAGUCCGCGUGGAGGAAGACUUGUCUGUCCUCCGUCGUGCCAGUGUGGUAGGCAUGACAACAACUGGUGCUGCGAAGCAUCGGAAUGUCUUGCAACGAGUGGGUCCUAAAAUUGUGGUUGUAGAGGAAGCAGCAGAGGUUCUAGAAUCUCACAUCAUCACCACUUUGAGCGCCAAAUGUCAGCUCAUCCUUAUUGGCGAUCAUCAACAACUCAGACCAAAUCCCACCGUCUAUCGCCUAGCUAAGGAAUAUAAUUUGGACAUUUCUCUCUUCGAACGGAUGAUAAAUAAUGGUGUGCCGUGUCAGUCUUUAGUCCAGCAGCAUCGAAUGCGUCCUGAAAUCUCUACAAUCAUGAAAAACCACUUUUAUCCAGAGCUGAAGGACCACGAAAGUGUGCAGUCGUACCCGAGUGUUGCCGGAAUCAGAUCGGAUCUCUUUUUCCUCAGUCAUGACAUUGAGGAGCAAGAUGUCGACGACUCCCGUAGCAAGUCCAACAUUCAUGAGACAGAGGUCUUGGUAGCCUUGUGCAAGUAUCUAAUUCAACAGGGUCAGUAUCAGCCGACUCAGAUAACGAUCCUCACGACUUACGUCGGUCAGCUCUUCAACUUCAAACGGUGCAUGCCAAAAUCUGUCUUUAAUGGUGUUCGCGUCUGCGCUUUAGACAGUUUCCAAGGAGAGGAAAAUGACGUGAUCUUGCUGUCACUGGUUCGUAGUAAUCAAGAGGGCAACACUGGAUUUUUGAAGGUGUCUAAUUGUAUGUGUGUAGCGUUAUCCAGAGCACGGCAUGGCUUCUUUUGCAUCGGGAAUUUCCGAGCUUUGGCUCAAGGAAGCACGCUGUGGAAGAACAUUGUGCAAGAUAUGAAGGGGAGAGGUUUGUUUGGGAAACAUUUGAGUUUGGUUUGUCAUAAUCAUCCCGAAGCUAUCACGAGGGUCGCCAAAGGACAAGAUUUCCUCAGUGUACCCGAGGGUGGCUGCAACUUGGCUUGUGAAUUUCGACUUGAUUGUGGCCACAGCUGCGGUAUGCUGUGCCAUCCAACCGACCCUAAACACAAAGAGUACAGGUGUCUGAAGAAGUGUGAGAAGAUCCUUAAGUGUGGCCACAGAUGUCGACUGCUUUGCUUUCAGAAUUGCAGCAAGUGCAGUGAAAGAGUGGACAAAACCUUGCCACGCGGACAUCAGAAGACACUACCUUGUUAUCAGAACCCUGAUACAGCUAGGUGUUUGGAACGCUGUGAGAAAAGGCUUCAUUGUGGGCACAGAUGUCAACGACUGUGUGGAGAAGAGCCGUGCACGGAAGAAUGUCCUGAGAUAGCCUUCCGCAGUGACUGGCCUUGUGGACAUGCUGUGCAGGUAAAGUGCAGCGACGGUCCAGAGAAAUGUCCUAAGGAGUGUAGAGUGGUUCUGGAAUGUUCUCAUCCUUGUCAAGGUUCGUGUGGGGCUUGUAAGAGAGGCCGACUACACGUGCAGUGCAAACAUAAAUGCGAC